CUCCUCCUCUCCGCGCCGGGGCUCCGGCAGGUGGAGGGCGGAGGGGUCCCCAUGCAGAUGCAGAAGUUCCUGCAGCUUUUCGGGCGACUGAAAUCCGUCGUCCUUGGCAUGGUCCAUGUUCGGGCAUUGCCAGGAACACCAUGUGCGACGUUGCCUUUGGCUCAGAUCAUUGAAGUAGCCUGCGGAGAGGCUGAAAUGUAUAGGGCUGCUGGUGUCGACGGCUUGAUUGUUGAAAAUAUGCACGACCGGCCGUACACAUUCGACAUUGGUGCAGAGGUUACGGCAGCCAUGGCGGUGAUUUGUGCCUCAGUAAAACGGGCGUGUCCCACCCUCCCCAUUGGGGUUCAGAUAAUCUGUGCUGCAAAUCAGGAAGCUUUAGCUGUUGCUCUUGCGUCAGGUGCGGAUUUUGUUCGAGUUGAGGGCUUCGUUUUCUCUCAUGUGGCUGAUGAAGGGAUUCUGAAUGCUUGUGCUGGGAACUUGCUAAGAUACCGCAAGCAAAUUGGAGCUGAACACAUCCAGGUUUUUGCUGAUAUUAAAAAGAAGCAUAGUGCUCAUGCGUUAACUGCUGACGUCACAGUGGCAGAAACUGCGAAGGCUGCCGAAUUUUUUCUUGCUGAUGGGGUUGUGUUGACUGGAACUGCAACUGGAUUGGAGGCAGAUCCCAACGAACUAGAAGAAGUCAGAUCUGCGGUGAAGAUUCCAGUCCUGGUGGGGUCUGGUGUCACUCUGGAUAAUGUGAAGGAUUAUUUAAGUGCAAAUGCCUUGAUCAUUGGUUCACAUUUCAAGAAAGAUGGCUGUUGGGAAAAUGGCAUUGAUCUUGAGCGUGUCAAGAGGUUUCUGGAUUACAUUGGCCAAGUAAGAGUGUAAAUUUGUUCGCUUCUGCUGUGAGUUUACAUUCAAAGCACAACUGCACCAGAUAUUUUAUCUUGCUAUUUUCUAAGACAGAGGUUUUGUUUUUUUUAAUUCAAAAUUAAAGGCACGCUCUACACUCAAAUACACGUUCUCUU